AUGCGAAUACAGUUUAACAAAAUAAAAAUAAACAAUAACGCGGUCUCUAGAGCGAGUGUGUUUAACGAUAAGCCUUCUACUACCGUGUCCGAGGUAGGCUUAAACAACGAAACUACAAAACAGACAUUCGUGGACUAUAACAAACAAAUAACCAAUUUAUUGCAAUUUAUUAAAGUGGAAGUGGACUCUAUCGAACAAGCUCAAGAUGCUACGGGCAGUGAUCAAAAAGAGAAACAUUUUACGAAGGUUCCGGAAAUCUGUUUUGAGUCUUUAGAACCUCCAUCUCUAAACGAUCCUAUAAUUUACAACUUUUCAAUGAAUUAUCAAUUGGCGGAUAAUAACGCAGCUCAUCGGCCUACAAAUGGAAUUACACUUUUAGUGGGCGCAGAUAAUUACUGGAAAAUUAUUACAGGGGAAACUCAGCGGCUUUCUGAAAAAUUGACGGCUGUUAAUUCGCAAUUGGGAUGGACUUUACAUGGUCCGAGUAAUAACGAAACUUACAACUACAAUGUGAAUUUCAGCCUAGCAACAGUGUUACAAGUGCAUGCUGUUUGUGAAGAUAUUGACAUUAAACAUUUUUGGGACUUAGAAACGAUCGGUAUUAACGCGAGUGAAAAACAAUCCGACAAUUUUACCGAGAACUUUAUUAGUGAACAAAUAACGUUAAAAAACGGUCGUUAUGAGGUUUCCCUCCCGUGGGAAUCAAACAAAAAAUUGGACUCUAAUUUUUCGGGAGCAUUAAUGCAACUAAGAUCCCUAACGGCUAAAUUAUGCAAAAACGGUAAGCUAAACGAGUAUGAUCGGGUCAUGCGCGAAUAUUUAAAAAACGAUUGCGCUGAUCGUGUUCAGAAAAAUACGACCAACGAACGGGUCUAUUACAUGCCACAUCGACCAGUGUACCGUGACGACAAAGAAACGACAAAAGUGCGUAUAGUGGUUAAUGCGUCCUCGCAUGCGCCUGGAUUUCCCUCACUAAACGAACUAUUAUUAUCGGGUGACAAUUUAGUACCGGACAUAAUACGGAUUUUAAUGAACUUUAGAGUAGGUUCCGUAGGUUUAAUUGCUGAUAUUGAAAAGGCGUUUCUGCAAAUAUCUCUUGCCGAAGAGGAUCGCGAUUCCCACCGAUUCCUGUGGUACGAUGACCCGAUAAAAACAGGAAUUACAUGA